CCUCCGAGCCGUGCCCGGCUCCAGAGGCUGCCCGGCUCCCCAGGCUCCCGCGGAAAGGAAAGCCUGGCACGCCACACAACCUUCCAAAGGUGUCUCGGUGCCGCAAUGGGCUGCCCGGGGAAGAGGUGGAGUGACCGUCCCUGGAGGUGUUAAGGAAAGCCUGGACGCGGCACUCGCUCUGUGAUACUUUAUGGGAUCUUGCUAUAGCUGAAGUGGAGAAGAGAGAAAAUCCUGAUGAUAAUGAUGUCAAGCCAGGGGAAGUUUGGGAAAAAUCAAUAUUAUUUAUGGGAAACAAAAACGGGGGGAAGACCACUAUCAUACUGAGAUGCCUUGAGAGGGAAGAGUCUCCAAAGCCAACGUUAGCCUUGGAAUAUACUUUUGGAAGAAGGGCAAGGAGACACAAUACACCUAAAGAUGUAGCUCAUUUUUGGGAACUAGGUGGUGGAACCUCAUUAGUGGAACUCAUUCAAAUACCAAUCACUAGCCACAACAUAAGGUCAUUUGCUGUAGUUCUGGUAUUGGAUCUCUCCAAACCUCAUGAACUCUGGACUACUAUGGAGAACCUUCUGCAGGUCACCAGGAACCACGUGAACAAAAUUUUAACCAAACUAGAAAAGAAAACCCCUGAAGUAGCUGCUGAAAUUAAACAGAGAAUGUGGAAUCAUCUGCAGAGGGAUCACCCUGACUGUGCAUUAAUCGACCCUUUUCCAAUACCCUUGGUGAUAAUUGGAAGCAAAUACGAUAUUUUUCAUGAGUUUGACUCUGAAAUGAGGAAAAUAAUUAGCAAGACACUUCGAUUUGUUUCGCAUUAUUAUGGAGCAUCAUUAGUGUUUACCAGUAAAUCUGAGGCUCUCCUGCUGAAAGCCCGUGCUCUCAUUAAUCACUUGGCAUUUGGCUAUGAUAAAAGCAAGUCUGUAUCAGUGGAUCCCAGCAAACCUCUCUUUAUACCAGCAGGCCUGGAUUCCAUGAGCCAAAUAGGACCACCACCUGCCUCCGACAGUGAUCUUGGAAAGAUGCGUGCCAACACGCCUUUGGAACUAUGGAAAAAAGUAUUUGAGAAAGCAUUUCCUCCCAAGAGUUUCUGUGAUUUACAAGAUACCAAGGACCCUGCACAGGAUAGUCAGUAUGCUGAGUAUGAAGUUGAUGUCAUGAGAGCUCAGAAAAACCAGGAACUUGAGCAAUACAAAAGAAAUGCUUCUAAAUCCUGGAAAGAAAUGGAUUUUGACUCUGAUUGAUGAACUGCUCUGUCUUCAGUUUAACACCAUUUACAAAAUUAUUUUUAUCGUUUUUACAUUACGUUAGCAAUUUCAUCUGAUGCAGUUGAAAAUAUCUAAUACCAACCUACAAAGUUAGAAUUUAUUAAGCAUCCCUGAUGUUAUUUUUCAUAAAAGGAGCUGUUUAUUCACUCAGUCCAAAUUUGUUUAUCUUGGCAAAGAGUUUUUUUAAAAAGUGGGGAGAAAGGAAUUCUAGAUUGCUCUCAAAUGGGUUUGUUUAUGGAGACUGGAAUUUGUCAGUUCUAUCUAUUUUAUAAGUUACAACCCAUUAUUUAAUUUACUUUUGAAUACUUCUAGCCUAAGCAUAUAUUUAAAUAUAAACAAGUUUUCACACCCAAAGUAUGAAAUUAUGUAGUGUGCUAGGCAUCUUUUUGUCAUUCAAAGCCAAAGCCUAAGAAAUACUUGCAUAAUUGUUUGAUAUAUUUGAAUAAAUAAAUAAAACUAAAACUG